ACGUGUCCUUGAAAUAGAUUCAAGGAGCAAUAAUUUCAAUCGACAGAUAUAGAAUCGGACCCAAAAUAGACAUUCCUACCAGCCUACCAUUCACAUUAAAACCUCGAAACCCUCUUCCUCUUCCAUUCCUCAUCCAUCCAUCCAUCUUCAACCCGGCAUCGUCACAACCAUCGUUUCCGCCCUUCAUCAGCAGCAACACCCUCGUUCGCCGCUCGCCAAUUCGCCGUCAGCGGCUGUUUUUUCCGGCCCUCUCGGACCGGUGCCCUUUCUCAGGUGACAAUCCUACCUUGCUGGGCCACAAGCCAAAAAGAAUUGAAUGCUGCUCGCUACUUCGCCGUCAAGUAAAUGAGACGGAGGUUUCGUUACAUUCUCGUUAUUUAAUGGUCCAGAAUAUCACAUGUUACAGGAUGCUCAUUGGAUUGGGUGGCAUAGGAAAAAAUGGAUUUCUUAGCUGCAUGGGAAUCUCCAUGUUCCUAUGUUGGUAGAUCGAACUUUGUGAUGCCCAAUGGAGAGUUCUUAUUGGGCCCCAUCACAUUUACGAGGCCAUGCCAUCAGGAAUCAUCUCCUGAAGUCAUGAUAAAGGGAAUGGUGAAGGCUCUCCCAGACCUUGUUGCAUUUACUGAUGAUAGCUGGAUGAAGUUCAUAGACUCGCGCGGGUUGACAGUGAGCGGUGGAGGAAUUAAUGAUGGUCAAGGAGAUGAUGCCUGGAACCAGAAAACCUUCCCUAAGGAAGAAAAAUGUCAAUUUCUCCCAACUAAAUCAUCUCCUGAAGUCGUGAUAAAGGGAAUGGCGAAGGCAAUCCCAGACCUUGUUGCAUUUACCAAUGAUAGCUGGAUAAAGUUCACAGACUUGCACAGAUUGAUGAUGAUGAGCAGUGGAGGAAUUAUUGACAGUCAAGGAGCUGAUGCCUGGAACCAAACAACCUGGCCUAAGGAAGAAAAAUGUCAAUUUCUCCCAACUGUAAGUUUAUGCAUAUCUUUUUCCAUUGUCAAUUUAAUUAGAGAACUGAUCACCUAUUAAGGACAAGUGCUUAUAUGAUCUUUCCCACUAAUAUGCCAUCAUGAAUCAUAUCCCGAAGUCGUGAUGAAGGGAAUGGUGAAGGACCUCCCAGAACUUGUUGCAUUUAUCGAUGUUACCUAGAAAAAGUUCAUAGA